AUGAACCAAAUCACCCAAGAUAAACCAAACGUUCUCGUGAUUGGGGCAGGUGGAGUCGGUGUCAUCACAGCCCUUUCACUGUACGUGAAGAAUGAAUGCUAUGUCUCCCUUGUCGUCAGAUCCGAUUAUGGCCACGUUCAAAAACAAGGCUAUCAAAUUGAUUCCUGCGAUUACGGUAAAUUUGAUAAUUGGAGACCACAUGCAAUUUACAAAUCCGUAGAGGAAGCUUCUCAAAGUAAGGUGUUUUUCAAUUACGUUGUAGUCACAACCAAAAACAUCCCUGAUGGGCCACCACAUUCCACUGUACCUCACAUUCUAGAACCCAUUUUAAAAUCCAAUUCCUCACUGUCCAACAAAUGGUUUACCAACAUCCUCUUGGUUCAAAACGGUAUCGACAUUGAAAAGGAUAUUAUAGAGACUUUCUCCAAAGACCAAUUCCAAUACACGGUUCUCUCAGGGAUUCAAUUCAUUGGUUCCACCAAGAUCGGAUCAGGAAACAUCAAGCAAAUAGGGAAGGACCACAUUACAGUGGGUCCAUUUUUACAAUCUGAUCCUGAUGCCAUUAAGGCUUCCCAUGCAUUCAUCCAAUUGUAUGAUAAUAAGGGAAUUAAUUUUGUUGAAUUUGAUCAACGUGUAAGAUACAACAGAUGGAAAAAACUACUGUACAAUGCUGCCAUUAACACAGCAACUGCAUUGGUGCAAUUGGAUGUACCCCGUUGUUUAGAGUUCUCAAAGGGGAAUGAUAGUAGUACUGAAUUUCAAAUAUUUAUACCUGCCAUGAGAGAGAUCGUCAAGAUUGCAGCCACGGAAGGCAUCGUCCUGGAUGAACAAUUCAUUGAGUUCUUCACCAACAUUACAAGGAACAAGAUGUUUAGACCAUCCAUGUGUGUAGAUGUUGAUAAGGGACAAUUGAUGGAAUUGGAAGUAAUUUUAGGAAAUCCCAUCAGAAUUGCGAAGAAGAACGGUGUGGAAACACCUGUGUUAUCGAUGCUAUACAACCUUCUGAUUCUAGUUCAGGGGAAGUUACUCGAGAGAAACAACUUAAUUCAGUUCGACGAAACUACAUGUCGUCUAGCCGAGUAA